GACUCUUUUAAAAUAAUUUGAUGUAACCAGUUCGUAAGUAUUAGUUAGAAGGAAUAAACAUGGAGUUUGAUGUAUCUCCCUUGAAAGAGGCCAUUGACAAAAAAGAUGAAGAUACGCCUACCACAGCACUUAAUCUGAUAAAAAACGGAGAAAACAUCAACGCUCUUCACAAAAGCGGCGGCGGGUUUCUUCAUUACGUUGCUUUAAAGUAUAAUGGUUAUAAAGAUGCACCGUGGCUCAUCCCAGUAGUUUUUCAGUUGUCGAAUUACGGGAUUGACUGCAACCUCAGAGACAGGGAGGGGAAUACCGCACUUCAUAUUGCAUGCCGGAAGCCAAACACUUACCAACUUGUAGAAGCUCUAAUUCAAAUUGGUGUGGAUCAGACGAUACCUAACACAGCCGGCGAGGAGGUCGGGGAUACCACCACUGACCCCUUGAACAAAACUGUGUUGAAACUUUUCUAUCCGGGUUUGUGGGUUGCGAUCGAAAAAGGCCAUUCCGAGGAGACGAUUUUACGACUCAUAGCAUCAUGGGUAAAACUGGACGACCACCGCAAGGGCAAAAGUCUCCUCAACAUGGGGCAGUUACUUCUUGCAGAACAUCUCAUGAACACCAUUGAUGCCAAUAUUGCAAAUAAUGAAUUUGUGCAUUGUGCGAUGUCAAAGGAUAAACAAAAAUUGAAGAAGGCCAUUAAAAAGCGGGGAGUGGAUGUGAACACGAGAAAUGCAGCUUUCUACGACUUGGAGGGAACUAUUGUUCCUCUGCCGAUCCUAGGGUGCCUUGCCCUUCUUUACGAGAUCACCCCAAUGAAAAUGUUGAUAAAACAUGGAGCAGACGUCAAUAUUACUGUUGACGAGAGUGCGGCAGACCCCGAGCCCCUGUACUAUUACGUACUAAAGAACUGCUUCGCAUGUGAUGCAGCUUACGACAUGCUAGAGGUUCUUUUUGAAAAGGCGGACAUCUCGUUGGUGCAACCGUUUGCUGUGGACAUCGUCAAUUCAGUUUACGAAAAAGCGUUACCCCUUACAAUGGUCAAGAACCUCAUGGACAAGGGACUAGAUAUGUUUACUCGUGAUGAAAACGGUUACAGUUUACGGGACCGAAUUUUUCUUAAGUACCACAGAGCAAGCAAAGAAAUUAUGAGAGAAAAACUGGCUUUCGUCGACGAACUUCUGAUAAACAUCGCCAUUAGAGGUGACAAGGACUUUCUCCUGGGUCUGGCUCUGGACAGCUACGACUUUGACGUCACAGAAGACAGGAAAGGCCGAUCUCUGCUGCAAGUUGUUGUCAAAAAAGAAGACGGCGCAUUAAGUCAAUUUGUAGAGGGACUUCCCAAAAUACAGUCGAAGAUUCGUCAACUCCACACAGCUGUAGAAAGAGGAAACCUGCUGGAGGUUAAGAGAUUAAUCACCGCAGAUUUAUCCAAAUCUCGAGACAAGGGCGGACGGGGACUCCUUCAUAAAGCUGUGCUUUUUGAGCGUCGAUUUGUCAUCAAGUACUUGUUGAAAGAGUUUCCUAAAAUGGUCCAUGUCGAGGAUUACGGUGGAAGACAACCACUACACUGGGCUACCUGUCUGGAAGAAAGAGACAUAGAGAGGAUGCUGAUAGACGCAGGAUCCAGCAUGUCUGCUCGUGAUAAAAAAGGUCGAACACCGAGGACUUACAGAGAUGUAGCAGCCGAAAUCAGAAAAAUCAUCGAGAAAGAGAAGUCCAGGGACUAUGGACUAGACAUCUUUCUACUGAGAAAGUAUCUCGAGAUGGCUGAUGCGAUCAAAAACAACGAUUUGGCGGCCCUGGAAAAGAGUCGCAACAGCAUCUAUGCAGAUAUCAAGCUGAGCGAUUUGAUGAAGCUCAUGUUCCCAAUCAAACCAAAGCCCAUUGAUUUACUGUGUCUGUGUAUAAAACUUAAAACCGAAAGGUGUGGGAAAUACCUGUUGAGCCAGGGAUGGUCGUGGGAAAUUAAGUAUGUGGAAAAUGAAAACGACAAUCCAAUUCCUCUGGAGAAAGCAGUUCAGCUGAGAAAUCUACAAGGCCUGGUGGUGUACAUCGAAUAUCAGAAACAAAAACUUCUGGAGAAAGAAGAGGAAAUCAGGCUAUCGAAGCUGAAAAACAAAACUCUAGAAAAAGAAGAAAAAAAGGAGAGCAAACAAAAGAAGGAAGAAAAUGAGGAUUCAAAAGAAAAAAAGGACUGACCUGUCAAAGCUACAAAAGUGAAGUUCUAAAAAAAAUCGUAUUCUCGUGUUCUGUGUGGUGUCCAUUUCUCUCUCUUGGUUGCACAUUUUUUUCCCAAGGAAAAUACGCAAAAAAGUUGAUUAAAAGUUUUGUAAUACUUGUAUGCAAUCUUUCAUAUCGGAUACAGAAGAAUAUGUACAUUUAAAUUCUAUCUUUCGUCUUUUUUGGUUUUUUUGUUUUGCAGACACCAGCUAACGCCAACAAGUCCCCAAACAUGUAAUUCAAUUUGAAAUGUAUUUUUCGAGUUUUAAUAAAAAUGUUCAACCCAAGACUCAAUGCACCUGAUCGAGUGUACAUUUCAUUUUGAUGCUUAUCAACUUCUGCAUGUUGAUAAAUUUUCCAUCCUUGUUCCGU